CAGGGCCGGUUGCGAGCAGGCUCCCGAAUGUGCUGCUGCGGGGAAACUCACCUCGGCUGCACCUCAGCGUCCCCACCACUAGCAGAGGCCUUGGCCCCGCCCUGUGUGUCACUACCCCGCGGCUCCUGGACGGCCACGGCUCUUCGAAGAGCUUCUCCAGUGAAAACCAACCUGAUCCAGGCCCUGACGGGAGACGCAGCCGCACAGCCUCGGGACCAGCUGUUUGCCACCCUGGACAUGACGGCCUACGCAGGCUCCCUGCCCUCGCGCCUGACCGUGCUGUACGUGGACACCAUCGGCUUCCCCUCCCGACUGGCCCACGAGCUCGUCGCCUCCUCACCGCCACCUGGUGGAUGUGGCUUGUGAUCUGAGAGCAGCCCCUUGGAGGCCAGCCAUGCCGUGGAAACUGGUGUACUGGCUUCUCUGGGUCCUAGUGGGCACGCUGGUGCCUGGCCUCUCUGCCCCAGAUCAGACCCCAGAUGUCCCGGGUGGAUCUCCUAAGUGGUUCGCAUGGUGCACGGCAUCUCUGCCCUAGGUGGGCCUCCUGGUGCCCGGCCUCUCUU